UAGUAGUAAAACUAGCCUAAGUAGCAAUACUAUGACGACAACAAUAAGCAAGCAAGAACUACAACAGCAGCAGCAGCAGCAGCAGCAGCAGCAGCAUCAGGCCAUCACCAUUCACAGUAGCUCGAUGACAGCAGCUGGAGGAGGAGGAUACUCGUUAGCAGCAGGAACAGGACCACCACUUGCCGCCUCACAGUCACAAUAUGACACGCUCAACAACAACUACGGCAGCAGCCUCACGACUACCAAUAACAACAGCGAGACACCGCCACGUCGCUCCCUGCUCAACUUCAAGUCCCUGGACUUUCACAUCAAGUCCCUCUACAGUGGCCUGCGCAACGGCAGCACCAGUCCCAGCACCAGCACCAGCCCCAGCAAUCCGAACAGCUCAGCGUCGGCUGGUGUGCAGCUGCCAGCGGCGGAUGGAGUGCAACGACGGAUGCCGUAUCUGCGCAUCGAAAGCGUCGACCCGGAGGCAGAGCCGGGUGGAGCAACGGCAGCCGGAGCUGGACCAUUCUCCAGGCGAGAGUCGUUGGCGGGUCAGCGAUUGCAGGUCUCGCCCAGCCUCCUCUCCCCGUACAGCGGUGGUGUAGGUGGAGGAGGCGCAGCAGGUGGGGGUGGAACUGGAGCCAGCCUGCUGAUGCCCUCACCGGAUGGCUCAACCAUACGCCGCUCCUCCACCUCCGACAUUGUGGCCUGCCGCCGUGGCGGCGGAUCCCAGGACAGUCGCCGGCCCAGCACCUCGGAUCUGCUGCGGCGGGCCAGGGAGAGGCGGGGCAGCGAGGCGCGCAUGGGUCGCAGUGUCUCGCACGGUGGACUGACGCGCGGAGGUGGCUCCUUUGGCGGUGGACUGGGUGGCAGACGCACCAGCAUGGCCUUCUAGAGGAGCAACGAGACGCCCGAAGGCAGGAGAAAUCGGCUGACUAAAUGGCGCUUAUGAAUUUUUAUCUAGAGAAAAACAAAACCAAAACAGAAAAACCAAAAACCAAAAAAAUAUAUCAGCUUAUAAGAAACAAUUUUUUUCCGUCGAUCUAUCAUUAUUAUUGUUAGAACAUAUUAUUGUUAUUCCUCGAAUGAAGAGAACUCAAAGUUAAAAACUUACAAAUGCGUAAUACAGAUUAAUGGAUGGCGAAGCAAAGAAAGCUGAAACACACAUUGCAUACAUUACACAUGUACAUCUCUAGCCUAUCAAUCAAUCAAUCAGUCAAUCUAUCAAUCUAUCUAUCCCCCUUUCUGUCAUCACCUUCAUCUUGAAGCUAUCUCCCAAUCUUUCUCUCUGAAUCUUUCUUAAUUUCACUGCUCUACGGCCCGCUCAUUGCAUUGCAUCCCCCAACUUUUAUGACAAUAUUAGAUCCUAACUAUCGUAAACUAUCGUAUCGUAUGGCAAGGCAAAGCAAAGCUUGGCAAGGGAAUCUCCGCUGUCAAUCUCCGAAGCAAUUACCGUAUCCGCAUCCAUCGAGUAACAUUUUGUUUCAGUUUUGUUUUUUGGCAAAUGGAAUGGAAUGGAAUGGAAUGGAAUGGAAGUAGUAGUAUCGAACCCAUAAUCACCCUAUGUGACAGUCAUAUCAAGCGAAACCCAAAAGCAAACUAAGUGCAUAAGAAAAAACAAAGAAGAAAAAGGAGUCCUUUUGAUUAAUCAAUUAGUAAGCUAAACGAAUCUCUAGAGGAUGGAUGGAUGGAUGGAUGGAUGGAUGGAUGGAUGGCUGGAUGGAUGGAUGGCCUGGCCUCAUUGCAGGAUUGAUAACAAUUUUAGCUAAAUAACAAUUCAACUAAUAAACAAAACCAAACAAAAUAAAUUAAUACAACAACUAAUACAAUGAACAAUUCAAAUCAAAUCUUAUUAUAUAGAAAACACAUUACUAGCAUUAUGAUGUAUGGUAGCUAAAGGACAGCAAAACACUCAAGCAAGAACAAUUUUUUUUUUAGAAACAAACCAAAACAAUGAUUAAACAAAUGCCUUUUCAUAGAAGCAGCCGCAGCAGAUGCAACAGAACUAUAUAUUUUAAAUAAAUGCAGCAUAUACUUAAUAGAUAUACACACACACACACACACAGACACACACACACACACACAUGCGUAUGCAUAUUGUUAUUUAUUAAAUUGUGGUACAUUGCAUUACAGUGCAUCCCAUAGCCCACACACAAUGCAUACAUGUAUCCAUUUUGCCUAGCCCAAUAUAUACGGCAAUAUAUAUACAUAUAUAUAUAUAUAGAGAGAAGUAUAUAGAGUAAAUGUAUACAUAUGUACAUAUACAUAUGUACAUGUAGGUGCCCGAAUCCCAUGUAUUUUAUCAUCAUUAUCGAGUACAUAAAAGUCUUUCUCACAUACGGACUGUGAUUUCAUAUAAAAAGUAAAAGUAAAACUAAUGAAUUAAUUAUAUUAAUGAAGAAUUCAAUAAAUUACAUAUUGUAUAACUUAAUGUAAUUGUAAAUGCUAAGUUCAUUGGACAAAUCUCGCUCGAGUAUAAAACAAAAUACACUCAUACACACACACACAGAAACACAACACACACACACACACACUCUCGUGGUAGAGGGAUAAAUGUGAAAUGUGAAAAGUGAAAAGCGAUAAGCAAAGCGAAACUAAAUAGCAAUUUUUUCAAGUCGAAUGGCAUUAUUAAUAUACUCGAAACUCUACUCUACAAUUAAUUAAUCAAAUGCGAUUGCCUUAAUAUUGAAUAAUAGCAACAAAAGUGUGGGAAAAAAACCAAAAAAGAGAACAACAAAAAAUGAAUGAAAGUAGCAGAAGGAAGCAGGUCGGCAGGGGGGACGGUUUCCACAAAUUACGGCUGCAGACUUAGGCUGCAGCUGCAGAUCUUUCCCAUCCGAUCCUAGCACUGUUGCUUAAGAAAUCGCCCCACACACGCUGCUACAAUUACGUUCAAAAUCCAUCAGAUACACACACACACACAAACUCAAACACAAGUAUUAAUAUAUACUUAUGAGAAUAAUUGCAUUUUUUAGUAAGUAGUUAAUCCGUCCUGUCCUCGACAAAAAGGCCAGAAAAGAAUAGUGGACGCUGCCUAACCGAUACUUGUUUGGCACUGCUUGGACUGCUUAACCGUUUAACCGCUAGACUCGUAAACGCUAAGCGCCAACAGAUUAUAUUCUGCUGCAGCAUGCAGUGCGUUUUCGAGGCUUCAAGACUGUUGUCGAUCUCAAGACCCGAAAACUGAAUCCAGUCGGACAGACAACUAGCAUUUACUCAACUUUUGUGAUGAACUCAACUUUUUCUAAGAUUCCAAGCUGCCCCCGAAAGGGUUAACGGUGAAGUUGUCAAGCUGCGUGCAGUCGCCACAGAAUAUCGUCGGCAAAGCAGCGUCAGAGCAUCAUCAAUUGUGCCCGGUGACGUGUGAACCAGAAAGCAAUAAUGCGAAACCAAAUGCUGAAUUAAUGUUCAACCAACGAAUUGAUGUACAUACAUACUCGUACAUAAACGUACAUACAUACAUACAUAUGUACAUACCAUCACACGUAUUUCGGCACCUUUCGAACAAUUAUGGGAAUUAUUUUAGACCGUUGUUAUCGCAGUGAGCAGCUACUUUUAUCAGUCAGGAUAAUUAUUCGCAGGCGCGUAGCUAGUAAAACGCAAUAGGAGAGUGCAUCAUCCCAUGUACGGGUAUGCCUCGUAUCGUAUCCACAAAACACCCGCAUAGAGAGCUACACACACCUCAAUACAACCACGGGAUGGGGGUGUACGAGGAGAAACUGAAACCAAAAUGUUAUAACCAAAUGCAAAGAGAACAACUAAUGCUAAUAAUAAUAAUAAUAAUAAACGUAACAGAAAGUAUUAAGCGCGAGCGAGACAGUAAUACAAAUGAGAGAGGGAGAUUAUACUCCAGUGAGUAAAUCUAGUCUACAAAUUUUACUUUACACCUACAAAUAAUAAUAUUAAAAAACAGAAAGAAAACCAAAAAAGUAAGCAAAUAAAAAUGCAACAAGAAUAAUGCGAAAAUUUCCAAUAGAUAAAAUAAAAAUAAACAAACAACAAAUAGGGGGAAACAAUGGAGACAGUGCAUAAAACAUAGAGUAACAUAACAAAUGCAAAAAAAUUAAAACAAAAGUAUCUUAAAAUUAUUUUCUUAUCGAAACUGGCAAUAAUAAAUAUUAAUAUUAAUAAUAAAUAAUAAUUAUAUUGUAAACGCAUAAGCCACAUGUGGUAAGAACUUCAUAAGUUACACACAUCACAUAGAGAAAAUCAAUUUUUGACUAAUUAUAAUGACAUUUAUAAAGAAAACACACACAAGAAUGUACUAAGAAUGCGCCUGAUAGGAAAGCCUUUACUGAGCUUGACUGUAGAACAGAGGCCGGCAGCGUCGUAUGCCAUGUGCAGAAGGAAAGAUCUCAGGCAGCGCAGUCGGCAGACGCACAGCAUAAAAAGUUCCUGUAGCUUCGGCGACUGCACAGAGAGCCGCAGCAGCGGCAGAGAAUCAACUUCGCAUGGCCUCGGCGCAAUUGCUCGAUUGCCGCAGCGGCAGAGAAGCAGAGAAACGAUUUUCACUUCGUUUCUGUCGUGUGUGCAUACAACGCACUCAAACAUGUUCGUGGCUGCGUUCCGCCCUGUUUUGGUGCACUCUUAGUACACGGACAGAGAGACAGACAGAAGAGCAGAAGCAAACACGAAAAACACUUGAUUUCAAAUUAAGUCCCCACGCAAAGCGUAAACACAGCCACACAAACAACUAAUCGGAGGUGCUCACACACUCCGAUAACAAUUAACAAUGCCAUGGCACACACACACACACACCCACUUAGCCAGUUAGCCACACCAGAUCAGCUUUACUUUACUUUAGAGGCUUACACUAACAUCCGCGGGGGGUCACAUCGCAGCAGGCGCCUGCAAAGAAACAAACUUUAAUCGGGGGGUGGCGGGAGACAGACACCCGAUGCUUGCAAAUAGGCCCAACACCCAAGCCACUAAUAAGAAUACAUAUGUACACACAUACAUACAUACAUACAUAUGUAUGUAUGUAUGUAUACAGAGCUACAACAUAUAAUAAUGAAAUCAAACACUUACCUAAAUGCCACAUUAUUUUGCUGGGUUACUGGAGAGCCAAA